AUGAAAAAGCUGUAAAAAAAAGAGUUUAAAUAUCUGAUAUUGGUUUACAUGAUAAUCUCUAAAAUAUCAAUUAUUUUGUAAAUUUUUUAGUACAUCUAGCUUUAUAACUAAUAAGAUGGAUUUGUGUAUUUGAGUGAUAAAGCAUUUGCUUUUAUAUUUUGUAGUAAUCGAUAUGCGUGUGCCUUGUAUAUGUAGAUUUUUUUUAAAAUGAAAAAAAUCAAAGUAAUUUGUCUGAUUACGUUUUUCUUAGAAGAUAUUUACUUCUUUAGUAGUUUAAAAUAUGAAUUAGAGGAGCAAAAAAAUGAAGAAAUAAUGACCUAAUAAAAUUUAUUGAAUGAUAUUAAUGAAGAAGACUUCAAAAAAAAUAUACCAAAUUAUUUAAAUUGCUGUUAUUAAAUAAUAAUAUUUUAAUUCCUGCUAAAAUUAUCAGUUUCAUUUGGUCUAUUGACAGCGAAACACUUGAAACAAAUUUUAUAGGCCUAUGUGUUAUCAUUUCACUUUCUAUAGACCAUUAGAUUAUUUGGAUGUAUGUGCUAUUCUACUUCAAUUUACUUUCUCAUUUAGAUUCAGCAGGUCUUCCACAAGUACUUAUUCAAGAAACUCUUAUAACUUCACUUAAUUUCCUUGCCUGCGCAACAACAUUUAUUUAAAAUAUGA